GCCGCCGAUUGGUAGUUACCAUAGCUGCGGGAGUUCGCUUGGCAAGAUGGCUGCAGCAGGGCCGUGACGGCCGGGUUCUCCCUUCUGGGCCCUUUGCGACUUCUAGGGCGCGCGCGGUUGGUGGCAUGGGAUUUCGGCCGCCGAUUCCUCUCCUGCUGAGGCUCCUUCUACUGGGCUUCCUGGGGCCGCUGCGGGGGGACCUGGUUUUCAUCCCUCCCUUUAUCCUAAUGUCCGGGCCUGAGGUCAGCGCGUUCCUGGUCGGAGACACAGAGAAUGUGACCGUGUCCCUGGCCCCGCUGCAGGUCGAGGCAGGCGUACUUCCGGUUCCCACUUGUGGACUGCCGAGCAAUGAGACAGGAGCCUGGAGUGUGAUUGUGACCCCCUGUAUGGAUGUGUUGGAGGUGACGGUGAGGCUGAACAGGGGUCCGCGGGAAUGCAUCUCUAACAAGACAGAGUCCUUCACCGAGGCCCCCUGUCUUGUCCAAACUCUGCUGGUUUCAGCCUCUCGCAGUGCAGCCUGCUUGGCACACCUCCUCAUUCAGGUGGAAAUUUAUGCCAACUCUUCCCUCGCCCAGGAGGCAUCAGAGAACGUCACGGUCAUCCCUCACCAGGUGUACCAGCCCCUCGGGCCUUGUCCUUGCAACCUGACAGCCGGGGCCUGUGAUGUCCGCUGCUGCUGUGACCAGGACUGCUCGCAGGCUGCGAGGCAGCUGUUCCGAGACGCCUGUCUCCCAGGCGUGUUCGGGGGUGAGGUCAGCCCUCCCUUCGACCAGCUGUGCAUGGCGGGGACCGCAGGCCAUGUCCCCGACUGGUUCCCCCUCCUGUGUGUGCAGUCCUCACCAGUCAACUCGCCCUUCCUCGGUCACUUCUAUCACGGCGCCAUUUCCCCGAGACACCAGCUUGGCUUCGAAGCCUCUCUGCACACUGUCCCCAAACUCGCUGCAGACUCUGGGUACAAACAAGGAGACCCGAUCAGGACCAGGGAGGAGAAGGGUUAUUACUUCACUGUACCGCAGGUUACCAGCUUGGCAGGCCAGUCCGAGCCCUGAAUACCAAUGCUGCGAGCAAUGCUACGACUCUCCGUGUUUGGCAGUCAGCUGGAAGGAGUUUGUGCACCUCAGCAACUUUCAGGCCUGUCUUAUUUGGAGAGAACUUGCAGUCUGGGUGUCUUCUGGAAGUAGGGGUCAGCGAAAACUGCACUCAGCUCAGGGAGAGCGUGGCCAAGAAACUCGGUUCCUUAAUAGAAGCCACGCAUGUCGGAGCGAGAGGCAACUCUGAUUCCCGAGACCUGAGCGACGGCUGGCUGGAGGUCCUGCGUGUAGAAGCCCCCAAUGGCAGCAUGGACCGGACUGCCGGUGGCGCCCUCGGCAUCUGCCCAGCUGUUCCCUCCCAGCUGCACAUCCGCAUCCUCUUCGCAGACGCCGGUGCAGUGGAGGGCAUCGAGCAGCAGGAGAUCCUUGGCGUGGAGACCAGGUUCUUCGCCGUGGACUGGCAGUACCAGUGUGGGCUGGCAUGCCAGGGUGAGAGUGACGUCCUCCCACUCAGUGCCUACGUCCGGUUUAUCAAAAUACCUGCCCAGCUGCCCCGCCCCCUGACCAGAUUCCAGAUCAAUUUCACAGAGUAUGACUGCAACAGAAAUGAUGUGUGUUGGCCGCAACUUCUGUAUCCAUUGACCCAGUAUUAUCAAGGGGAACCUUAUUCGCAGUGUGUGGCCAAGGGCCUGCUGUUGGUUGCCCUCCUCUUGCUGGCCGUGUUCCUCAGUAACCCGUGGGUGCACAUGUGCAAAGCCUGGCGUUCCGCUGCCAUCCACCAUUAGGCUUCUCCGACUGUUGUGGUCCUUCGUGCUUCCGUCAUACUUUAAUAAAUAAAAUCUUAUUUUUAUAGAAAAUUCUUA